GGGAGCCGCAGAGGGCGCCGGGAGGAGCGGGAGGCGGCGGCGCUCGGGGCUGGCGCGGCGGGUCGGGGGCGAUCGGGGCUCUCCGAGCUCUCCGGGCCUUUGCCAUCCCCUGAGGCCGCGGCGCUGCCGCCGGGCCCAGGUCGCCGCCGACCGCGGGACGCAGCGGCACCUACCCGGCCUCAGCCGGCCCCUCGCCGGCCACCACGGACGUGGAGGCGGUGGCGGCGGGCGGAGCCGGGCCCGGCCCGGAGGGACGCGAGUCCUCCCGCCGCGGGGGAGCCUGCCCCGCCGCUCGGUAGGGGCCGCAGGGAGGGCUCGCUCAGCCCUUGCGGCGCCGGGGCCUCCGCGGCCGCGCUCGCUCCUCAGGGGCUGCGCGAAGCCCCGGCCGGCGCUGCGCGGGCGGCUGCGGGGCCGGGCGGAUCGGGCCGCGCUCCCGGCGCCGCUGAGGCCUCCGGCGGGGACGGAGAGAGAGGGAGGCCCGGGCCGGCGCUCCCCGUGAAGCAGAGAAGCCACAUCUCCUCCGCCAGCAUCUUUGUUUGCCGGGCCCUGCCGCGGGGAAGCGGAGCGGCGAGACCCGGGCAGCGAGUUCCCGGUGCCCCCGUGUAUUUUCGGGCCUUUCCCCCCCGUUUCGGCUGAGUUUCCCGGGCGCUGCCUCGGUGCUCGGCGGCUUUUAUCCCCCUCCUUUCGGCUGGAGAUCUCGGAUCCGGAGCGUCGCCGCUGGGACCGGCCGGGGACUGAGGCAGAGGAAACAACAGGUCUCCCUUCUCCUCGCCUUCCGAAGCGAUUCCAGCGCCUCGCUCUUGGGAUUAUAAAUGUUUGAACACAGACCCAGGGAACUGCAAGGGGAGCCUCCCGUCGGAAUUAACACAAGAGAAAAGAAGGGGGGCUUUUCCAAAUCCUUUACGAGAAACCUCGUGCCGUUUUCCCAUCCUGCCCGUGCUCUCUUUAAUAAUGCGAUUGUGACCUGAGUGGAAUUUAUGAGCGAUGAACUGUUGAAGCUUGUUGCACCACUGCAUCGGACUACAUAUUUUUUGGGUUUUUUUGUUUGUUCGUUCGUUUUCCUCGACACAUGAUUCCCCCAUCCCAGCUGUUGCAGGACCUAUGGGCCAGUAAUAGAAGGAUGGGAAGCUGAGACAGUUUAUUUUCACAUUAUUCUGUUCUGGGGACUUGGCUGGUUGGCUGAAGCUGCUGCUUUUUACUGGAUCUGCUCUUUUCUCGGCAGGUUUAUUUGUUUUCAUGUGCACGGGGUGUUUCAACUGAAUAGACAUUGGACUAGAGCUGAAUGGAUGCUUUGCAAUCCAAAAGGUUUUUGGGGGUGACAAAAAACUGCUAAAAACAGGAGAAGAACUGGUACUGCAGGAAACGAGGGGCCUGUUUUCCAAGCCUUUUUAUUUUAUUGAGCAAGAUGAUGUGUGAGGUGAUGCCAACCAUCAGCGAGGCAGAGAUUCCCUCCGGGGGAAACGGAGGCCACGGUUCAGGUUCCCCGCUCCAGUCAGAUACAGAUUCCCAUUUUGAGCAAUUAAUGGUUUCCAUGUUGGAAGAAAGGGAUCGCCUUCUGGAAACACUCAGAGAAACUCAGGAGACGCUGGCGUUGACCCAGGGCAAGCUCCACGAAGUUGGUCACGAGAGGGAUUCCUUGCAGAGGCAGCUCAACACUGCGCUUCCACAGGAAUUUGCAGCGCUUACGAAAGAGCUGAAUGUGUGCAGGGAGCAGCUGCUUGAACGGGAAGAAGAAAUCGCUGAACUAAAAGCAGAAAGAAAUAAUACGAGGCUAUUGCUGGAACAUUUGGAGUGUCUGGUCUCCCGGCAUGAGAGAUCUCUCAGAAUGACCGUUGUGAAGAGACAAGCUCAGUCUCCAGCAGGAGUUUCUAGUGAAGUAGAAGUUCUCAAAGCACUAAAAUCUUUAUUUGAGCACCAUAAAGCCCUUGAUGAGAAGGUAAGGGAGAGGUUACGAGUAGCACUUGAAAGAUGUAGCUUAUUGGAAGAAGAACUAGGUACUACACAUAAAGAGUUAAUGAUCCUGAAAGAGCAAAAUAAUCAGAAGAAAACACUUCCAGAUGGGAUGCUGGAUAUAAAUCACGAACAAGAAAAUACACCGACUACAAAUGGGAAGCGGUCUUCUGAUGGUUCUUUAUGCCACGAUGAAAACCUUGCUAAAGUGUUGGAGCUCCAAGACGUCAUAGACAAGCAAAACAAAGAACAGACACAAAUGAAAGAGCGUCUUACGGCUUUGUCGAGCAGAGUAACAGAGCUGGAAGAAGAUCUUGACACGGCUAGAAAAGACUUAAUAAAAUCUGAAGAAAUGAAUACCAAGUUACAGAGAGACGUACGAGAGACUAUGGCCCAAAAGGAGGACAUGGAGGAGAGGAUCACGACUCUUGAGAAACGCUACCUCGCCGCACAACGUGAAGCGACAUCUGUGCAUGACCUCAAUGAUAAACUUGAAAAUGAAAUCGCCACUAAAGACUCCAUGCAUCGACAGAGUGAAGAUAAGAACAGGCAGUUGCAGGAACGACUGGAACUGGCUGAGCAGAAGCUGCAGCAGACGCUGAGGAAAGCGGAGACGUUGCCGGAGGUGGAAGCUGAGCUGGCGCAGAGAGUUGCAGCCCUGACAAAGUCUGACCUUUUGUCUCCUGGGAGCUCUGCUGCUAAAGAUGCUAAAGUGUUGGAACUUGCCACCAAGCUUAGGAAGGCUGAGGAGAGACACGGCAAUAUAGAAGAACGGCUGAGGCAGAUGGAAGCACAGCUAGAAGAAAAGAAUCAAGAACUGCAAAGGGCUAGACAGAGAGAGAAGAUGAAUGAAGAGCAUAAUAAACGUUUGUCAGAAACUGUUGAUAAGCUUCUGUCUGAAUCUAAUGAAAGGCUUCAGCUGCACCUCAAGGAAAGGAUGGCUGCCUUGGAAGACAAGAAUUCACUUAUUCGGGAAAUUGAACACGCGAAAAAACAAAUAGAGGAACUUCAGCAUGAAAAGGAUCAGCUGGUAUUAAAUGUUGAAGCAUUAAGGGCUGAAAACGACCAAGUGAGACUCAGAGCCACAUCACUUCAUCACAGCCGGCCAGAUUUCAGAUACCCAAUGGCACCUUCGUCUGUGGCCGACAGUCACACCGACUCCUAUGGCACCUCAUCAGUGUUAAGGAGGCCCCAAAAAGGACGUUUGGCAGCUCUCAGAGAUGAACCUUCAAAGGUUCAGACUCUGAACGAGCAGGACUGGGAGCGAGCCCAACAAGCAAGCGUGUUGGCCAACGUGGCCCAGGCGUUUGAAAGCGACGUUGACGUGUCAGAUGUUGAGGAUGACAGGGAGACCAUAUUCAGUUCUGUUGACCUCCUGUCACCCAGCGGUCAGGCUGAUGCUCAGACUUUGGCCAUGAUGCUUCAGGAGCAGUUGGAUGCAAUCAACAAAGAGAUUAGACUUAUACAAGAAGAAAAGGAGAACACAGAGCAGCGUGCGGAGGAGAUUGAAAGCAGAGUGGGUAGUGGCAGUUUGGACGCCCAUGGGCGAUUCCGGUCCAUGAGCUCCAUUCCUCCUCCCUAUGCAAGUGGUUCACUGGCUGGUUCCUCCCCUCCUGGCAGUGGCCGCUCCACCCCGAGGCGGAUUCCGCACAGUCCAGCUCGGGAAGUGGACAGACUAGGUAUCAUGACACUGCCUAGUGAUUUAAGGAAACACCGUAGAAAGUCUCCGGCUUCUAGAGAAGAGGUACGAGAUGAUAAAACCACCAUCAAAUGUGAGACGUCGCCGCCUUCUUCACCGCGCUCUUUGCGUUUGGACAGAGUCCAAAAAGGAGCUUUGCACACCGUGAGCCAUGAAGAUAUCAGGGACAUUAGGAAUUCAACAGGUUCACAAGAUGGGCAAACAAGUAAUCCCAGUAGCAGCAAUAGUAGCCAAGAUUCCCUUCAUAAAGCCCCCAAAAAGAAGGGGAUCAAAUCCUCCAUUGGCCGCUUGUUUGGCAAGAAAGAAAAGGGACGACCUGGACAAACCAGCAAGGAAACACUAGGACAAGUUGGCAUGGGAGAAGCUGAUAGUUCCUCUCAGGAUGCCUUAGGCCUCAGCAAGCUUGGAGGUCAGGCAGAAAAAAACAGGAAAAUGCAGAAAAAGCAUGAGUUGCUGGAGGAAGCCAGAAGACAAGGUUUGCCUUUUGCCCAGUGGGAUGGGCCAACUGUGGUUGUGUGGCUGGAGCUGUGGGUUGGGAUGCCAGCCUGGUAUGUGGCUGCUUGCCGAGCAAAUGUGAAAAGCGGUGCUAUCAUGUCAGCUUUGUCUGAUACAGAGAUCCAGCGGGAAAUUGGGAUUAGCAACCCCCUGCACAGGCUGAAGCUGAGGCUGGCCAUUCAAGAAAUCAUGUCACUAACGAGUCCAUCUGCACCUCCCACCUCCAGGACGACCACGGGAAAUGUCUGGGUAACACACGAAGAAAUGGAAAAUCUUGCAGCCACCCAGCAAACGGAAGAUGAGGAGGGAAGCUGGGCUCAGACGUUAGCGUACGGUGAUAUGAACCACGAGUGGAUUGGCAACGAAUGGCUCCCCAGCCUGGGGCUCCCUCAGUACCGCAGCUAUUUCAUGGAAUGUCUUGUUGAUGCUCGAAUGCUGGAUCAUUUAACUAAAAAAGACCUCCGUGGGCAACUGAAAAUGGUGGACAGCUUUCACAGAAACAGUUUUCAGUGUGGAAUUAUGUGCCUGCGAAGACUGAAUUACGAUCGAAAAGAACUUGAAAGAAAGAGAGAGGAAAGCCAGAAUGAAAUUAAGGAUGUCCUCGUGUGGAGCAACGAAAGGAUGAUCCACUGGGUAGUGUCCAUCGGCCUCAAAGAAUACGCGAAUAACCUUAUCGAGAGCGGAGUUCACGGUGCGCUUGUGGCCUUAGAUGAAUCGUUUGAUUACAAUGCAUUAGCUCUCUUAUUGCAAAUACCCACUCAGAACACCCAGGCCCGUGCUGUUCUGGAGAAGGAAUUUAAUAACCUCCUCGCUAUGGGCACUGAUAGAAGACUUGAUGAAGAUGAUGAUAAGAGCUUUAGGAGAGCACCUUCCUGGAGAAAGAAGUUCAGACCAAAGGACAUAAGAGGUUUAGCUGCUGGAUCAGCAGAGACUCUUCCUGCAAAUUUCAGAGUUACAACCUCAAUGUCUUCACCCUCUAUGCAGCCAAAGAAGAUGCAGAUUGAUGGCAGUGUAUCAGGAACACAAAGAUUGGAUUCUGCUACAGUAAGGACCUACUCCUGUUAAAGCCUUCUCCUGUUUACCCACACUAUUUCUACCGGUGAUAUGCAGCAUUUUGAACAUUUGGAACCCUUAACCUGUUAAUACUUGUUAAAUGGACACUUUGAGAUAUUUUAUUACAGAGUUUUUAAUUAGCAAAAAAAAAUUCAUGAGUACUAUAGAGAAAAUAUUUUAGAAUCUAAAUGUUUCUUAUAUUUAUGUGACUUCUCAUUUAUAUAGUUACUUACUUUUUCUGUUUCUAUUCAGUCUACAAAUCAAAUCAUUGCUGAUUUUUUUAUUCUAAUUUUAGUCUUUCCAACUGAAUGUACUGUAAUGCUUGUAUGUAUAUGUCCCUAUAAGUAAUAUAGGGUUUUUGUAAAUUAUGCAGUUACUGUAAUUAUCAUUGGGUUUUUUUAAUAAUGAAACUGAAGGUGAAAAGGAUUUUAAUACCUUUGUAAAAGUAUCACGACACCAAGCAGUAUAUAUUUUGUCUUUUGGAAAUGUUAGCUUAGAUCUGAAAUCAAGUCCAGCUUUUUUUGGGGUGAAAACGUGUGUUGUUGUAGGUCUGGUACAUGAUUGUUUUCCCUUUCAGAGCUGUACCUUUCCACCGAGAGCCUUUGUCAGGUAGUGGGAAUGUGUCUUUAUUUAAAAUAGAACUUGUUUUAAAAGCUGGGAAGAGCUCUAACACUACGGAACACGUUUUAGAAGUGGUUGACUCGGUCAUGACACUCUCUGCUGUAUUCGUGUAGCGUUGUCUUCACGGUGACUGAAAACAAGCCAUAAACCAAGAACUGCUUUUAUUGUUGCUAGUUUUGUUUUCUCUUCCUUAACGGAGGAAGACAGACUUCAUAAUAAUUCCUGGUCGUAAUCCACAGGCCACACAGAGAGUUUGUGUCCUAGAUCUUUUUGAUUGUGGAAAGACGCUGGUGAAAUUAGUUGGAAUGGACCAAUAAUGAAGCACUGCAGCCCCCGUCAAAUGAGUAGGGAACAAUGAAGGUACAACGGGCUGAAAACUAAAGCAGUGCAACUUCUAAUAAAGGCCUUACUUUUCUUAUGUAAGUCAUCUUUUGUGUUUUGUAAACUUGUCUGGACUUUAAUUGCGAUGGUCGUAGCCAUUUUGGACUGUAUGAGUAGAAAAUGUAUCUGACACUUGUAAAUGGCACAUUAAAAAGCCAGCAAGAAUCUGUUCAGAUGGUGCAUUAUUUAUUAUGCAACAAUAUAUAUAGCAUGUCUUUUUUUUUCUUAUUUUGUUUUCCACUUUUAACUCGCUUGUAAAACUGAAAUUCAUUGUUACUGUCCUGUUUUUCUAUUAAUCUUUUGUGUAUUUUCAGAUUAUGUAACAAUAUGUACAGUCUACUUUUGAACUAUUUUUAUCACAGUAUUAUUUAUUGCUUUCUUUCAAUAAAGUACUGAUGCAUUUUCCACUGCCAAUAAAACACUAUUGAAAAGCUACGAUCUAAUUGUACGCAGGCAGAUACUUUUGCAGUGAGUGGAUAUCGUCAAUAAAGCAUCUUAAAGAUUGAUUGCUGCCCUGUAGAUCUUGUUUCGAAUGACGGCUUUUCUCCAGUAGAAGAAUGUUCCAUUCGGUGCGACGUUUUCUUUGGGAUUGUUCAAGUUCACGUGCGCGUUAAUCCAUUUUUUGAAGACCAGUUUUCAGGAGAAAACUGCUUUAUUGCCUAUUUCUACUAGUAGUUAGAGCUGUGAUUUGCUUCCAAAAGAAAGCAACAAAGACUAUCACGCAACUUCAGUGUAUUCUGGUGAAGAUUGAAGCGCUGUUUUAUAGAGCAGCAACGGUUGCUUUGUUAAUCAAAUGAGAUUAUGACCACAGCGAUAUCUGGGGAGAAACACAGGAGUCGAGGGAGCCAGUACAAAAUUGGGUCACAAUAGGGCUGUUUAUGUCGGUUUUAAUAUAUUUGUAAACCAUUUAUUGUGUAGAAGAGAAGACAGAAGGAUAAAGUUACAGAAUAAUCGAGGCGGUAGUGGAGCGUAUUUCAUCUUGUCCUCUAGAUCAACAGCGGGAUGUGGAAUGCAUGGAAUGGAGAAAUAUUGUGAUUGAUGCUUCAACCAUUGUUCAGUAAUGCAUCUCUGUCUAGCUUGUCCGUGUGAGUUGCUGUCUGAUCAUUUGCAGUAUCUUUUUAUAUUUUCAGAGAAUCUAUCUUUCUAGAAAAAAAGCUAAAAAUGAAACCGCGGAAGGAAAUCCUGACUCACUGUUUAGAGAAAAAAGAACUGCAUAGACGUUUCUGGUCACUGAUGUGAUAGUGGGUGCUCGAAGUCAUGUAUUGUUGCUUCUCAAAAGUGAAAACAACGCGGAAUAGACUUGUAAAAUGUGAAAAGAAAAUAUGUUUAUUAUUUUAAGGCUGUAAAACCUGAACUGUUAUGGAACGAUGGAAUCGAGAGCUAGAAUAAAUGAGUGAAACAGAAAAAGCUUUCACGAACUGGCAAA